AUGAAAAGUUUAGCUAUACUUAUCUUACUCUGCCUAAGUAUUUAGAUGUUUGUUUGCAAAAACGAAACAUUUGAUAGAAAUUAAAGAAUUCUUAGAGAACUCGCUGAAACUUAAGAAACUUGCUUAUAUGUGUUAUUAGAUGCUGGAUCAUCAAGUACUAAAAUUAGACUCUAUAAAUCUGUAUGCAGAAGAUCUUCUUAAAUUCCCUAACUUGAAGCUCUUCCUAUCCCCAAGGACAAAGAUAACAAAGAUGUAUUCCCUGAUAAAAUAAUUGUCAAUAAAGAUGCUGUAGCACUCACUGAAGUUGAUUUAAAUGAAACUGCCUUCACUGAUCAUUUCAAUAUAGCUUUUAAAAUCAUCAGCGACAUGAAAUAAUUCUAUAAAUUCGAUGUCAAGCCUUUCUUAUUUUUGAGAGCCACUGCAGGUCUUAGACAAGUCCCAUAACAAUAGUAAGAACAAAUUUUGAAUCUCGUAAGAACAGUUUUUAGAAAAUAAGAUAGCUUCUAUUUCUUAGAUGAUUCUUGGGUCAAAGUUAUCACUGGAGAAGAAGAGGGUUUAUUCUUAUGGCUUUCUGUUAACUAUGCCUACUAACAUAUUAAGCACUCAAAUAAUUAGUAAUUUGAUAUUCAGAAAACUGUCGCAGUUAUUGAUAUUGGUGGUGCUUCUGCUUAAACUGCCUUUUAUAAUACUUUAAACAAUAAACUCAUUGAUUUACCUGAAAAAACUAGAAUUUAGAUUUAUUCUAACACAACUUUAGGAUAUGGAAAUGAUAGAAUCAUAGCAUCUAUAUUAGAAAGUACUUAAACCGCAAGUUGCUUCUAAAAGACUGAUGGUUUCAUUGGAAAAGUUUUUAACAAGAAUACAAAAUUAGAAGUUGAUGUAACUGGUAAUUAUGAUUUUGUAAAAUGCACAAAUGCUUUGUUGAGCAUAAUGAAAAUUACUGACUGCUCAUACACAGAAUUUAACUCAGAAUUUAACUGUAGCAAAUCUUCAAUAUAACAAAAACUAACUGGCCAAAAAUAAAUUAUUGGAGCAAGUUCUAUUUUUUACGCCAAAAGUGAUUUAUUCAAAAAACUUGGUAAGUAAGGUGAUACCUUCAAAUUAAAAGAAUUUAGAGAAUAAGUUAAAGAUUUCUGUUCUGAAGGUCUAACUUAGCAGUCAUAUUAAAAGAAAUAAUUUACUACUUGCUUAUAAAUGAUGUGGGUUAGCACAUUCUUAAUUGAUGGAUUAGGUCUUUUAAACGAUGAAGUGACAGCUAUCUCAAAAUAUAACAACUAUAAUAUAGAUUGGUCUCUUGGAUCUUUGAUUUAUGAUAUCAAUACUUUGCAAUGUGACUAUCUUGAUAUGAAUUAAUGUAUUGAUCAAAUUACAAUAACUGAUGCUAGUAAUAUUAACAAAGAUGGACAAACAAAUAAUGUUUUUAAUAACUCAUUGAUUAUUAAUUUCUCACUAUUAAUUUUAGUGAUAGCUAAUCUCUUGAUUUGA